AUGGCAGGAGUGAACGGGGAUCGGAAGGGAAAGAAAGACGACAAUGGGCUUGGCACAGCGAUCGACUUCGUGCUCUCUAAUGCAAAGCUGGUGCUGGGAGUCGGGGGAGCAGCCAUGCUCGGGAUCGCCACACUGGCGGUCAAAAGAAUGUACGAUCGAACACUCAGUGCCCCAUCCAGUCCCACUAAAACCAACCCGUCGGGGCGAAGAAGCUGGGAGGAACCAAGCUGGCUGGGGUCAUCACCACGGACGCUGAACCAUGACAUGAAACAGAACGUCAGCCGCUCUCUACAGACGCUCCCCACCUCCUCCAGCUCCUUCAAGCCAGAUGCUUUACAUCGUGUUAUGGGCCGUGGUGGUGGCCGCCCUGGUAAGGCUGAACUCCAGAAGGCGCGGAUGCGGCUCUCACUGCAGGAACACCUCUGGGCUUUCUUUCAUGAACGAGUGGCGAUCCCCUCGGAGGAGCUGGCCGUCGCUCGCCGGGCCGCGUUGGACAUCUGUGCGGAGCUCAGAGUGUUCCUCCAUGCCAAACUACCUGAUAUGCCUCUACGAGAAAUGUACCUGAGCGGAAGUCUAUAUGACGACCUUCAGGUGGUGACUGCUGACCAUGCCCAGCUAAUGGUACCCAUGAUCCUUGAGAAGAAUCUCUGGUCAUCCGUUCCUGGUGAGGACACCAUCAUGAACCUUCCUGGCUUCUGGCUGGUUCGUCGGGAAAACCUUGAGUACUUCCCGCGUGGAAGCAGCUACUGGGACCGCUGCAUGGUGGGUGGCUACCUUUCCCCAAAGAGCGUCCUAGAAGUCUUCGAGAAGCUUGUCGCAGGCUCCAUCAACUGGCCCGCCAUCGGUAGUGUUUUAGAUUACAUCAUCCGACCUGUGGUCCCGUCAGAAACGCUUGCGCUAGAAGUGCAGUAUGAAACGGACCGUCGCCUUUAUGUGGACUUCCUCCCAUUGCUUGUUAUGGAGGAUGGCGUCUCGCUCAUCGCCAAACCGCAUCGAUUGGCCGCUGAACGGCAUGAGAACCUGUGGCGGCAGAGUUUUCGCGUGGCGGAAACCACAAAGUUGCGUGCGCUCGAUCAGGAAGAUUCCGGGUGCCGUUGCGCAUGUCUUAAAGUCAUUAAAGCUGUGUGUAAACUGAAUCCAGCGCUGGCACGAUUAAACGCAAGCCAGAUCAGUAAUGCAAUCCUUCUCCUGAGUGAACAUGAGGGCAAUUGGACUCAGGAAGCUCUCGCCGAUCGUUUCAUGCAGCUGCUUCGUGCACUGGUGGGACACCUAGAGGCUGGGAGGCUACCCUGCAUCCUUAAUCCCAAAGUCAAUCUGUUCUGUGAGCUAACACCACUGGAAAUAGAUGAACUGGGAUACACGCUCUACUGUGCACUGUCCGACCCAGAGAGCCUUUUGAGAACUGUUUAGCAAACAUGCAUUCACAUGUGCUACCACUUUUGAAUUGAGUUGAUACACACACGUCUUGUUCUCAGAUCAGUAACCUCAUUUUUCUUGACACAUUCAUAUUUUUGUCAGUCAUACCAUCAUCAGUUAUUUUCAGGUACUACAGCCUCAUCUGUUGGUCAUAUUUUAUGUGGCCCAUCUUACAUCAUUUAAGUGUUUCUGAUUGUCCUAUUUCACAGAGACGUGUCAUGUUGAUUAUAUAUUUAUCUAGUGAAGAAACAGAUUCUGACUUCAGUAAUAUUUUAUUAUAAAUUCAAGCACCAUCAUCUCUUAUGUGUUUGGUGUUACCCAAAAUGCUAUGACGGUAAUUUGACAUGUUACAUUUGAUCUAUGAAAUUCAUGGUUUUAUGUUCCGCAGUUAUUUGUUACGUGGAACAUUCAGUAUUUGUUCUUGGAUUCAUCCAAAUGCUUUCAUUAGACGGAAUUUAAAUAAAUAAAUAUAUGACAUGGGGAGCUGUUUUAGAUUAAUCAGAUGGCAGGUUCUCAAAAUGAUCUUUCAGCUAAAUAUCCAGUGAUUUUUCAUAAACGUAUUUCCAUCUUUCUUGUCGGUUUGUGCCAUAUAUGCAAAAUACUUAUAACACAAGGAGUGCUGCUGGAGUAUUAUGUUAAGAUUUUUAUUAGUUGAUAAUGUGGCAUACAGUGCUUAUUUUCAGUUACAUUAUCUGAAUUAUCUUUCACAAGUCACUCAUAGAAAUGUUAAAGAGAUAUGAUGUUAUUUAAGUGGUUGACACGGGUUAUUACCACACUGCUGAAACCAGAUGAAGAUAAAUCCCUGAAUUAAUAAUCAAAACACAUCUUUAGAAUGGCUAUACAAAGAGUAGAUGUGAUUUUUACUGUAUUUAAGCUGCCUAAUAAACCAAGGAAACCCAUGCAGACCUCCUUAAAUCUGUAGAAUAGUUUAAAAACACUCUCUGUUUAAUGUUUUGAGGCUGUGGGUUAUAUGGAAAGUUUGGGUGAACCGAAAGCUGGUAUUGUGUGCAUCUGUGUAGACGUACACAGAAACCUGUAAUAACACAGACUUCAUAGAGACAUUUUAGUAUUUUUGUAUUGAUUGUACAAAUGUAACAAACAAAAAAACCAGUGUGAAAGUAUUUAUGUAUAUCUUGUUAUGAUCAUACUUUGUGCUUGGAGAGUGACUUUGUUCGAACAAAAUAUACAAUAGGCUACAUCUCCGAUAUGAGAUGCCAAAACUCGCAGGAGAUCUUAUGUAUCGAAGCAUUUCUUUUGCUUGCGUAACCAGAACACCUGUGUCUACCUGUGUGAUGUAGCAGAAACACAUUUACCUAGCGAAUGAUAUGAAAGGGCAGCACCGAAUCCAAAAUUAGAUCUGCUAGUGGAGUUCAGCUUGGCCUAGUACUUUGCAUGUGAUACUUGUGUCUUCAUUUCCUGGUGAUUUGUAUUUUUAUUAAACAGCACUUUGUAUCAUUUGUCCUGUAAGAGUGUUUCGUACCUCGGUCUCUGGGCUGCAAUACUGAGCAAAGGAUGAAUAUAAAGUCGAAUGGAGUGAAACUA